AUGAUCCUUCGGAUAUGGCUGCUUUUUGCUACGUUUCUUCGACCCACCGUCACCGAAUAUGUGGCCCCAUACUUGAACCUGACACGACGAUGCGUGGACUACGGAUGUGAGCGUUCUUACGACUGGACCGAGACCGGCGGAUUGAUCGAGUGCUUUGGCCAAGAUGUCGACAACAUCUAUCACUACGGCCCGUCGAUCUUCCCGAUGCGCAAAACUUAUAUUUCCAACGAGGACGGCACGUUACAAUGGACGGCCAUCCACUGUUCGCAAUAUGAGCUCCAAAAAGCACAUAAAACAUUGAUCUUCUUGGACGUUGCUCCUUACGGCUAUCUAUUCAACUGCCCAACCAUGCGGAACGAUAUUUGUGAGGAAUGCCCGAUCGGGACACUGCCGGAGAUGUUGAGCGGGGAUCUCGACGAGGCUUGUAAGCUCGUCGUUCUGCCCCCUGAGCACGAGCUAGGGUUGAUUGAGGGCCUGUCCUUUUUCGUAAGGAACCAACUGGAUGCGAUGAGCAUCACCUACGAGCUGGAUCAGCCGUGCGCCGCGUGGGUUUUUCAAUCGUCCUGCUACCAAUGCGACGAGGGCUACCUGCCGGCGUUGAUCGGGAUAGGCCGCAUCUCACACUGCGUUGCGGCGAUAGAGACGACAGACCCCGAGAGACCGACGCGCCCUGAUUGUCCGCGCGGCCAGAUGCGAAUCGGUGACAUCUGCUGGGCUUGCCAGAAUUUCAUUCCCAAGUGCGAGGAGUGUAAUGCGAAAGCCCAAUGCAAACGAUGCGAAUCCGGCUACACCCCGCUCCGCAGCCACCACCGCGUUACGUGCGUUCCGCUGUGCCCAAGAGGGCAGUACUACGACCCGGAGACGCAGCGCUGCACAGCAUGCCCAUUCUGGUGCCGUCAUUGUGAUGUGUAUGGCUGCCUGGAGUGCGCCACCGGACUCUACAGGCUGAGCACAAAGGUACAGAUGGGCGAAAACUGGUCCGAGCGGCUACAGUGUCGCUACAAUUGCCCGCUACACUACUACCCGUUGCACUAUUUCCCGUAUCGCUGCGAGCCGUGUCAUCCGUCGUGCUGGGGAUGUUGGGGCCCUACUGAUGAGCAGUGUCUGGACUGUAAGACUGUUGGAGUAUUACUGCUACUAAAGGAGAAGACUAUCAAAUGCGAGGGUUCCCUCAACGACCAGCUCAGCGGCGUCAAAAGCCUGAACAGGCUGGCGGAAGCAAGGCUGACAAUUGAGGAACAAUACCAACACACGCAUCGCGAGUACUCGAGGUCGGCCACCGGCGCCGCCAUCUUUGUCCGUUCCCUUGAAUUG